GCUGCUUGCAGUAGCUUGUCGGUGACAGACUAGUGGGCAGAGGUGAAGCUGCAGGGUUUUUUAACCGGUCGGUUAAUUCUCAUUAUUAACUUGAUACUAAGCUUAAAACAGCACACGCUACUUCUCAUGUAAAACGCGUUCAUCUUCACACUUUUUGUAGGUCUACUCAGACACCGUUGUUUAUGUGCAACCUAGCCUGUCAAGCUAGCAACUGGUACCUGUAACUUUAUAACCACAAGGGACGUGUCUCUGUCGCUGUGUAACUAAUGUACACACUACCCGUGUCCUCCCGUCAGAUAAUGGAUAGGGUGUCUUCAUAUUAAGAAACCUGUGCCAGUCGGAUUCAGAGCUGGUGUGUCCAGUAUGAGUGGAUUUGCUGCGGACAGAGAGCCUGGGAUCCCCUUAGAUAACAGGAAGGAGGAAUGUUCUGGUACUGGCUCUGGCUGCACAGAAGAGAACAGUAAACAUGAUUCUGCAGCAUAUUUGGGCAACGAAAUAAAGAGUCGUGCUGUGGUCAAGUACUCUGCCGCCCCACCUCCAGCCAGCUAUGCCCUGCUGCAAGAGAAGACUGACCUUAAGCUGCCUCCUGCCAACUGGCUGAGAGAAAACCCCCAGCUGGGCAGUGCUGGCACCACUAUUUUAGGGUCCAGCAGCAAGAGCAAACCCUUUUCCAGUUUUGGGAUGGCCUAUGACUUCAUUGACUGCAUCGGGGACGAUGUUGACGUGGUGUCAGAUUCUGAGAACAUCAAAAAGCUAUUGAAAAUUCCGUACAGUAAGUCUCACGUCAGUAUGGCAGUUCACCGUGUCGGUAGGACACUGCUUUUGGAUGAACUGGACAUUCAGGAGCUUUUCAUGAGGUCCUCUCAGACUGGAGAUUGGACAUGGCUAAAAGAGUUUUAUCAGCGGCUAAUAGAUCAGAAGUGGCAGAGGAAAAAGAAGAGUAAAGAGCACUGGUAUCAGAAAGCAAUCCUGUCAAAGUUCCUUUACUACAGUAUAAAUGGUGAUGGGGCUGCAGAGUCUGUACCAGACAACCUAAAUGAAGGGGAGGAGGAAAACGGGGCAGAGGGGUUCAGCCCAUCAUGGCCUACCACCUUCACCAGCACACCACCUGAUCCCGAAGAAUCACAUGGUCACAAACAGGAAAAUGCUUCUGUGGACAGCAGCUUUGCUUUGGGACAUGUGACGUCUGUACAGAAUGUACAAGAGCAAAACCUCCUGACACUGUUUGAUGAAGGCGAGAACAGCCAGGGCUUAAAAAAUGACUUUGUGCGCAACAUCAUGUGGACGUUUGAAGAUAUCCACAUGUUGGUUGGCUCCAAUAUGCCUAUUUUUGGGGGUGGCCGCUAUCCUGCUGUCAGUCUGAGACUCAGGGACAACAAUAAGCCAAUCAACAUUCUGACAGGUAUUGAUUACUGGCUGGACAAUCUGAUGUGCAAUGUUCCAGAACUCGUCAUGUGUUUUCACGUCAAUGGCAUCGUUGAGAAAUAUGAGAUGAUAAAAACAGAAGACAUCCCUCAUCUGGAGAACUCAACCUUUUCCACAAGGGUGGUGAAAGACAUCGCUCAGAAUGUCCUCUCCUUCCUGAAGUCCAACUGCACCAAAGAGGGUCACACCUACUGGCUUUUUAAAGCUAGUGGGAGUGACAUUGUGAAGCUUUAUGAUCUUACAACUCUGUGUGAGGAGGCUGAAGAAGAAAAAUAUCAAAAUCCAUUCACCCUUCCUGUGGCUGUCUUACUCUACAAAGUGGCAAGUAACUUGAUACUGAAGGCAAGGCAAAACCGAAAGCACUACGGCACAAUCAGAACUCUGCUUUUAAACUGCAUCAAGCUUCUAGAUCAGGAGAGACAUCCUCAGAUCAUCGCUUCAGCCCACUACAUGCUGUCAGAGCUCUUCCAGCUUGACGAGCCACUCGAAGAAGAUGGAGAGGAGUCGCUCCGCGGUGGGGGCUCAGAGGACAGCUACAGUGAGGAAGACGAGGAUCUGACAGAGGACAGCGACGAGAACGGCUCCUUCGCUAACUGCUCCAGACCACAGGACGACAGCAAAGCUGUGGCUGUGAUCCGCUCUGUGGGGGAGUUGUCAGUCCCAGAGAAGUACAAAUCCACCCAUCUGAUCAGACCAAACUGUGCUUUUCCAAUAUCUCAAGACAAGGAGGAACGAUGCAGACAUGUCCUGAGCUACGUACUAAAGGGGUUGAAGGCAGUGGAUGGCAGCAUUAAAAAGGAGAGCGACCUCCCUGCUGCAGACCCUAAUAUUCCCAUACCUCUUCAGUAUGAGGACAGAAGUGCCAUGGGAGCCUGUGCAGCUGAGAAAGGCAUCUCUCUUCCUAUUGAAAGAGCAUGUCCAGUGCAGAAAGACCAGAAGCAUCCCACGCGCUCAGGGAUGAUCCCGGGCUCAUGGCAGCACCGCAUGAAGCUGCAGCUCUUCCUCAAAGCCUCCAAGGCGUACUAUGUCUUGUCUGAUGCAGCCACCAACCUGUUGAAGUAUGGACGGGCCCUGCGCUACAUCAAGCUAUCUCUGCAGUGCUAUGAUGCCUAUUGCUCAGUGAGCGGUACACUGCACCCACAUGUGUUGCAGUUUCACAGCCAGUGUUUGUCCCUCUGUGGAGACAUCCAGCUGAUGUUGGCACAGAACGCCAGCAACAGAGCGGCUUACCUGGAAGAAUACAGCUACCAGACCAAAGAUGACCAAGAGAUCCUGCACAGCCUGCACAGAGAGUGCAGCUGCCAGGCCUUCAACAUGGCAACAGAUUUGGCCAUGGACCCGGAAUACCAGCUGUUUGUUAGCACCAAAUGCUACGAAGCAGCUUAUGAACUGCUCGUUUCUGAGGUGUUGAAAGACCAAGCUCCAGAUCAGCUGGCUCAGGUGCGCAAAAGACUGGGGAACAUCCGCAACGAGAUGGGAGUCUACUACAUGAACCAGGCUGCAGCUAUGCAGACUGAGAAUGAAGGUGCGCUUGCGCUAGAUGGGUUUGCCCCUUUUGUUCAUUUUCCCUUGUCUAACUGUGUUUCUCCUUCUCACCCUUUAGAAAAGAAAUCGGUGUCCACAGCAGAGCAGGAACUGUGGAAAAAGAGUUUCUCCUUCUUUGAGAAAGGCAUGCAGGACUUUGAAGCCAUCAGGGACAACACCAACACUGCCCUGCUGCUGUGUAAUACUGGGCGGCUGAUGAGAAUCUGUGCCCAGGCCCACUGUGCCGUCUCUGCUGACCAGUGCAGAGGGGAGUUCUCACCUGAAGAGGCACUUUACUAUAACAAGGCCAUAGAUUACUACACGCGGGCUAUGAAGUCACUAGUGAGCCGAGAGACCCACCCAGCAGUGUGGGACAGUGUAAACUGGGAGUUGUCCACCACCUAUUUCACCCUUGCCACACUCCUCCAGGACUACGCUCCGUUGUCCAGAAAGGCCCAGGAGCAGAUUGAGCGGGAAGUGACUGAUGCGAUGAUGAAAUCCCUGAAGUACUGUGACCUGCACACUGAGUCGGCUCGUCAGCCACUAUACCAGUACAGAGCUGCCACCAUCCACCACCGCCUGGCCUCUAUGUACCACAGCUGCUUCCGCAACCAAGUGGGGGACGAACACUUGAGGAAGCAGCACCGAAGCCUAGCAGAGCUUCAUUACAGCAGGGCUGUCUCUUUAUUCAUCAGCCUCAAAGACGCACCAUGUGAGCUUCUCCGCGCACUUCUAGAGCGAGUGGCCUUUGCAGAGUUUACUAUGGCAGGCCAGAGCAGCUGCGUGGCAAAGCUGAAAAGCCUGACUGCAGCUUUGGAGAUCAUGACAGACACUCGCUAUGCCUUCCAGCUGAUUGACAAGGAGCUGCAGGAGGAGCAGACAGAGCCUGAUGGCCCAGACCAGGCUGAACCAGAACGGUCGUUGGAUGUGGCCUCUGGCUCCGCGUCAGGACUGAACCUUGAGGAAGUGAAGAAGUUGAUUGGUGUGUUUGAGCCAAGUUUCUCCUUCCUGCUGCUGCAGGUCAUCAAACUGAUGGCAACAACGAAACGGAAAUCGAGCAAGAUGGAUGAGGAGCUGUUGAAACGGUACAAGAGCGUCUACUCUAAGCUGUUGCGGGCUGAGAAGAGCGCACCCCUCCACACCCAGGUCAGACUUUACAUGGAGCUCCUGCAGGAGCUGACCACACAGACAGACAGCAGUAACCCAGGUGCCAGUUCAUGAUAACGACAUGAACCAUUACAUCGAAGACUUGGAUUUGCUCUCUGAUGCUCACUGGACACCAGGACACAGAUUUUGAGGAUUAUUUCACAACUGUCUUCUCACAAGUGCUUUGACAUAAAACUUAUUAAGACACUGUUUUACUUUAAUUUACCUUCAAAGCUAAUUUCACCUCUUGCGCCUUUAAGAGUCAACAUUUGCAUCACAGGUUUCAAAUUGCACAUUUUGCAAAUAGUUGUACAGCAUGUUCAGAAAAUGUUGAAAUUCACUUUUGUUCAGGCAGUUUUGGGUCAUGGACCGGAUAAUGUUCCUCUAAUUGGAAUUGUGCUGAGUGUAUGUCACCUGGAAUCUCUCACUUUUACAACACUUAAAUAUCAGUGUUUUCAGAGCUGACGGGUAGAAAUAAGCUAAAACGUGUUAUUUGCUUUCCAAAAUAACUGUGUGCAAUAGUUUGGCAGCAUUCAGUGAAACCUCAGAGCCUAGUUUGUUCACAUUACUGUAUUUAUAAAUGCCUUUCUAUCUGAAUGGUUUGCUGUGAAGAAAAUAAAGGUGCAUUUUUCAAAUUUU